AUGAACUCAUUGGAAUCUCUCGCACAUGGAGCUUCUUAUGGAACCAUCGGAGGACAAAUGACUAUAAUUUUAAAAAAUCAAGAUCAAUACAAGGCUUUGAAUGUUUCUCAAAGUUUAAUACUUUUGAAAGUAUCAGUUUUUCAAUUGAAUCUUGUUCAGAGUGGAAAUUCGACGUAUCCCUACAUUCCCAAUGUUGUGGAAAUUACUACUCUUUCCCCACUCCGAACAAAUAUUCAACAAAUUUCGUUACCUUCUCAAAAGUUUCCUACUAGCUUGAAAGUUCCAUAUCGAUUUGAUGAUCUUCCUCUUGCAAGUUAUAUUGUGUUGGGACAAAUUGUUUCAGGACAACCACUCACAAGUUUUAAUGGUUGGUAUAGGGGAGGAGGUGCCGAGUAUUUUAAAGAUAUUACUUUAUCGGAUGCCAAUAACUUGGUAUUGAAUGCUGACUUUGUGAUUGAAGGUGUCACACCUUAUCCAACCUCGUAUAAAUUCUAUACUCAUGGACAUUUCAGAUUUGUGAAAGGUUUGCCCGUACUUUCUCUGUUUGGAAAUGAAAAGGAGAGAGGAGUUUCACAUGGUUACCUUCUAGCUCAGCAAAUUAUUGAUUUCUUCAGAUUCUAUGUAUUGGAGGGAGCUAUUCUUUCAGCAAAGAAUUAUUUAAAUAUUCAUGUUCCUGUUCUUAAAAGCUCGGCUUUCAAGUAUGACACGGUAUUUAUUCAAGCAGUGGAAGGAGUUUAUUCUGGAAUGAUCGCCUCAGGUAUUGAUUUAUUUAUUCCUGAACUCAAUAGAAAUUUUCAAAUGAUUGACAUUAUUGCAAUUAAUGCCUAUAUUGAAUUGGAGUAUAUAGCAAGUCAUGGAGUUCCAAAUAUUGCUUCUAAUGAUUAUUUGACGAAAGGUUUGAGAGAAAAAUUAUCUCAACAACCAAGAAACAAAAUGCGUCAAUCUAAACCACAUGCAGCUUGUACACAAUUCUCAGUAUGGAACGAAUUUACAUCAACAAAUUGCCCUCCUGAACAACAAAAUAAUAUCAUUUCUGUUCGAAAUAUGGAUGGAGAAAUUGAUAUGAAGCGUGUCACAGUGCAUUCCAUUUUAGUGUCCACAAUUGAAUCAACAAAUCCAUCCGAUAGAAAAUAUAUUUCUGUCAUGUGGCCUGGAUUUGUGGGCACACUGAGUGCCAUUAAUGAAGAUGGAGUAUAUUCAAUGAUGAAUUAUGGUAGAACUCAUCCCAAUACCACUUGGGGAUCAGGAGCUCCUAUAUCAUGGAUUCUUAAGGAAGUCAUUCAAAAAACCACCCUUGACAUGGCUACUGCAUCAGAUGUUCAACAUUUUAUUGAAAAGAACUUUCGGUCACAACCAGGAGGAGCAUGCUUGACGGGAUGCAUUCUUGUUUUUUCUCAUAGAAUUACAAACAAUUCAUCACGAUAUCCUUCAGCUCCAUCUUUCGUUUAUGAAUCGGAUUGGAAAGGUGGAAUGAUGCGAUUACCCCAACAGGCAUUUCCUCUAUUUGUGAAAAGUGCCAUUGGAGCUAGUAAUCACAACCAUUUGUAUGGUGUGGAGUCUGGUGACAGAGAUUCUACUUAUAACUUUGGUAUUAGGAAUGGUUUCAGUUCCAUGUGGCGCUAUCAAGUCACUUCCAAUUUAAUUGAUAUUUGGGCAAGAAAUGUCUAUCACAAGGUGCAAGAUCCAAACUUUUGCAAUUCACAAAUGAAAGAAAUUCUAAGACGAGCAGCCCAUGGACAAACUGAACAUUCCAUCAUGUUUAGACCUCUCAACAAUGGUAAAAUAUUGAUUGACAUUGCUGUUGCUCAAUCAACAUGGAAUGGAUGGGAUGCGCCUUAUCUGGAUUUUGUAACUUUUGAAUUCAAUGACUUGUUUUCCAAAUUAUAA